AUGUUUGGCCAAUACGGGCCCGCUGCGGCAUAUGUUGCAUCAGAUCUAUCAAUCCCCGGCAUACCAACUACUCUUCUACCGGGCGCUGUCCUGGGCGAUGGUGAAUAUGGAGCGACCUCAGUCUACCUAGCCAACGCUACGAAUGUGAUCACUUCAUUGGGGCAAGCCUUUGCCUCACCCACGCCCUAUGCCAUCUGGCAAGACAUAGGUUUCACGACUCUGACUCCCAAAUUCUACACUAAUGCUCCUUCACCUCUUCCAACGAAGUGGGCUGCCAGUCAAUGUGGCGUCUGGCAGGAUGGCGGAUAUGACGCGUAUGUAUCGGGGACAUGGAUCUACGUAUCGUCCUCACAGCUCCUACCAUAUACUGGUGAAAUUGGUGGGCCCUUGGACAGCGACUAUAUUAUUUCGACCCUCGGCAUCCAAUUCGCGUAUACUCGCCUGCCAGAUAUUGCUGUCCCUCUAGCCACUGCCCUCCCAAAUCAACAUAUCUUUGUCGAAAUGCAACAAUCACCGUGGCUGCUUGGCAGUAAUGCUUCGCAGAUCUUGAAAGAGACGCCGUGA